UGCUGAGUUCACACUGCACGAUUUUCAAACUCGUCGGAUCGCUGUUGUUUUCACACUGCGUGACUAUCUGGGGUAGCAUUCAGUCGCUGCUGUGUUCACAUUGCACGAUGGAUCGGCGACAGGGGCUUUCACAUUGCACGAUUUCACAAUAGGAAGAAUCGCCGACAACUCUGUCUGAUCCGCAGACUACGUUUCACAACAAAACACACGCGAGAAGUGAUAAGGAAAUAACGCGAGAACCUGCGUGUGUCAGACCGUUGUUCUCGAGCGAGACUGGAAGUAUUAAAAAAAUAUAGCCCGCAAAUAGUCUGUGCGCUGAUUUCCAGCUACAAAAAGAAAGACAGAUUGUGCAGGAGGGAGAUGCAGGGAUUGUGUUCUGCAAAGAGUGCCCCUCUGGAAUUUCGGCACCACCGGACUCAGCUGGAGGGAAGGGAUCCUCCGGUGUCUGGAGAGUUUCCAGCCCCGAUCCAGAACCAGAACCAGAACCAGAACCAGUCAAUGCCGCCGCCGUCCACGGCUCCAGAACCAGUCUAUGCCGCCGCCGUCCACGGCUCCGAAGGCAAGCCCGCCGGCCUCUGCGCUGUCAAGCCGGCUCCUACCCCAGCGCUCUUGGAUAUGGCGCUACCCCCGGAGUUCUCGGCUACUGUCCUCACCCCAGAGUCCACUCCAGAAAGCUCUUUCGUCUCCUUCGUCCUCACAAGCGCCCUCCAGAGCUCGCUCCUCGCAAGCACCCUCCAGAGCCCGCUCCUCACAAGCUCCCUCCAGUGUCUGCUCCUCCAGAGGGUCCCCCUCGGUGUAAAAUCGGGGGUGGGGGGGGGGGUUGUAUGCCAGUGGCCGGGCCAAGGGCCAAGGCCACAGAGUCUCCUGAUCCGCAAUGGCUCCCCGAACUCCAUGAACCCCCACCGUGACAGUACCUCCCCUCAGGUCAUCCAUGAUGAAAAUGAAGUGUACAUCUAUGGACACUUCGCACCCUACCAUAUCCCAGAAUCACUUGCGCGCAGAUGA